ACCCAACGUAUUGUAGAAUAUAACGCGUAAGUUCUGCUCGCCACAGAAGAGGCACUGAAGAGAACCAGUGUGUCAGAGAUCAUAUGUCAGUAAUCAACGCACAUCGCUGCGCGAGUUGGCACGAGUCAAUAGUCGGUCGACAGUUAUGGACAUCAACUUCGAAGGAAAACGUAUUCUCGUGACCGGAACUGGUCAGGGAAUCGGUAGGGAGUUAGCCCUUCGUCUCUCCAAAUAUAAGGGACAGGUGUUCGCGCUUUCGAAAACGAAGAAGCACUUGGACACCUUAGUAGCAACGGAUCCGAAGAUUCGGCCGAUCUGCGUCGAUCUUAGCGACUGGGAUGCGACUAGGAAGGCCGUUCAAAGUGUCCUGCCGAUCGAUCUGUUAGUCAACAAUGCCGCUUAUGCGUGCCUUUCACCGUUCUUGGACGUCACGCGCGAGGCAUUCGACAUGACUUACGAGGUCAAUGUGAAGGCUGUAUUGAAUGUGUCGCAGGUUGUAGCCAGGAGCAUGAUUGAGCGCAAAAGCGGCGGCAGCAUUGUAAAUAUAUCGUCACAAGCCGGUCAGGCGGCAUUGAAGGAUCACACCUCUUAUUGCAUGUCGAAAGCGGCCCUCGACAUGUUAUCGAAAUCGAUGGCUCUGGAACUGGGUCCGCACAACAUAAGAGUCAAUAGCGUCGGUCCUACAGUCGUGAUGACGGAAAUGGGAAAAGUGUGGUGGGACAAUCAGGAGAGAGCAUCGGACAUGAUCAGCAAAAUUCCGCUUGGUCGAUUCGCUGGGUGGGGAAAAAUUCCGGACCCCUGAAAUAUCUCGGAAAGAGCGCCGUAGGCGCGUUGCUGUUUUUUCACCUUCUCUCUUUCGUUGUCAUGAAUAGUCAUACAUGUGAUUAUACCUGUACACGACGCUUUUUUUACGAUGUAUAUUAUUUCUGAAAAAUGCAGGGAAUGGAUAUUCAGAUAAUUUUGUAUACGGUGUAUUUAUCGCGGUGUUAAGUAAGCUUACUCUAAUAACUUUACAGAAAUAAUUACACAGUUAUUUUAGCAAUCGUCC